UAGCUCCAAAGAGUAUCUUCGUGCUCAGUGUCGACGGCACUGUAUAAUAUUCGUGAUCGGGAUACGACGACGAGCGGCGAGCCUCCGCUUCGCUCUUUCGCCAUCCGCGCAUUUCAUUUCGGAGAUGUCCGAAAGUGACAUCAUUCGAACGUCGUUCCGUUCGCGUCGUUGAUUCGCAAACCGUGACACAACGUUCUCACGUAAACGCCCAAUGCUAAAUUUACCUCGCGUGUCGAAGCCGCGCGAUGCAUUCAUCUGGUUCACUGGUAACCUCGGGUUGCCUCGUGCCUCGAAAUGAAAAGUUUCUUGUGUAUCACGCAUUCCGUCGAUUCCGUUUUUAACUCUAAAAAUUUAACUCUUCGACGAACUUGUGCUCGCUAAAUUGACCAUUGUGUGUAAAGAUCCGACAAAAAUCCUUGUCCGUUCAGAUGAACAGUGAUUCGCGGACCAAUGGCAAUUUUGGCAGGACGAACGAAACGGAAACUCCACAAAAUGCAACGGGAACAUGUUGCGUUAAUCUAAUCACUUUUAAAACUUUUUAACAACUAAACAUCUCUUAGAAAUAUAUUUUAGUUUGUCUUGAAGGAACUUAAAAGUUUUAUUAAACUUUCGUAUAAAGGCGGAAGUAAAUAUGACGAGGCAUUCGCGAUGCGGUAAACGGUGUUUAAACGUCGACGAUAAGCCGCACGUAUGCAAAACCCGCGGCUGGCUGCCGAGUUCUCGCAUUUCGCCGACUCGUGACAAAGUGGAAGUAACGAUUCGGCAUCGCUCUUGACAUCUCCCGUGAGAUGCCAACUAACGCGUAUAACUAUCAACGUGUACCCACACGAAUGUCAAACUUUUGCUGGCGUCGAAAAUGGAUUUUUCUGUUCGCGUUGACUUUGAGUGUCAUUAUCGUCGUACUUUUCACCAGGUAUCCGUUUGUCAACGAGAAGAACGUAAUGAUACGUGAUACGUACCUAGAUGAUGUAUCUGCAGACCUUUAUCAAACAGUGUUGCGCACGUGGUACAAUUUUUCCAACGGUGAAGCAUGGUACAACAAUAAAAAUUUAUCUACACUGAGUCCGGAAGUUUUUCACGAUAUUCUAUCGGAUAUUCAUCAAAAUUGGAUAAUAUGGAAUUAUAAUCCAAAAGAAUCAUAUAUACUUCAGAGAUCGGAUAUCGAAGACCCAUCGAUGGGACAAUCGACUGCGGUACGCGAAAUUUUCAACGACAAGAAAAAUGGAUUUUUCAUAGAAUGCGGCGCGUAUGACGGGGAAACGCGUAGCAACACGUUGUUUCUCGAGCGAUUUAAUGGAUGGUCGGGUCUCCUGAUAGAAGCGGAUCCCAUCAAUUUUACGAAGAUGCUGCAGAAGAAUAGAAGGUCCUAUCUCUCGCCGACAUGCCUCAGCGUCACUAGGAGCCCCACGGUGGCAUCUUUCCUCAUGGCGAGAAACGUGGGCCGUCUACACAAACCCGAGAACACGACGGAGAAUGUGUCGACGAACACGCUCGACGUGGCUUACACGGGCGAGCACAUCCACGUGCAGUGUUUUCCUUUGACACUUUAUAUCGCCGCAUUGGGAAUCAAAACGAUCGAUUAUUUCAGCCUCGACAUCGAAGGCAAUGAGAUCGACGUAUUGGAAACGAUACCGUUUAACGAGGUAGACAUAAAGACCCUCUCUGUGGAAUACAUACACAAUGCAAAGGGGCGAAAAUAUCUGAUCGAUAUGAUGGAACAUCGAGGAUACUACGUUUACAGUUUUGUGGAGCAUCCGGAUAACUUGGCGAACGAUAUUAUUUUUGUGAAGCGCGACACAUGACGUAUAAAUGCGAAUAGAUAGAAUUGCCUAGAAACUCUAUGUGAUAAUAAUCUUCCUAUUACAUAAUUAUUGCAGUAAUAUCCAAUCUUUGGAUAUUACUACAAUAGUCAGAUAAUUCGAAUUCUGUAAUGUACUAGUCAUAUUUGUAAUAAUGAAUUGCGUCCUUUGAAUAA